GUGUGUGCGCUUGGACGCGGUUAGGUUGAUGCAUACCAGGGCGUUGUCAUCACUUUUUCAAGCCACACACGCCCUGUUUUUCGUUUGUUUUCCAUCGACAAUCGGCCGUCAAGAUGCGGGGCGACAAUAGUUUAAGUCAAGUUUUGCUCGUCGGACUGCUCCUCGCUAUUCUUGGAGCUUCUUCAGGGCAAAAUUUAAACAACACUGCUGUGUGGUGUACCGUGUCGGACAAUGAACAGAACAAGUGUGAAGCAUUUUCACGAGCGGUAGACAGAGAAAUUUCUACGUUCAAGAACUACUAUGUUUCAAUAAAGUGUAAACGAGCCUUCAACAAGGAUGAGUGCAUGGAACUCCUUGACCAUGAGAAGGCUCAUCUCACUACUCUUGAUGCCGGCGAAGUAUUUGUUGGUGGAAGAUAUCACAGUUUAGUGCCUAUAAUGCAAGAGAUCUACGAAAGCGGAGUAAAUUAUCAAUAUGCUGUUGCUGUAAUUAAGAAAAACACGAUGCCUGAAGUGACGCAUAUAAGAGAUCUUCGUGGAAAGAAAGCGUGCUUUGCUGGAGUUGGAACACUGGCAGGAUGGGUCACACCUAUUUACACUUUGAUGAAAGACGGUGGAAUGGAAAUUAUUGAUUGUAACAAUCAUGUGAAAUCCACGAUUAAGUUCUUUGGUCCAAGUUGCGCUGUCAAUUCAUUGAUUAACAAGUACAAUCCACUUGGAGAUAAUUCCGACCAACUGUGCAAACUUUGCAUCGGCAAAGUUCCAGGAGGAAAAUGCACAAAUGCAGAUCCAUACUCAGGGUACGAGGGAGCCUUUAGAUGUCUACUUGAAGCUGGUGAAAUUGCAUUCCUUGUGCAUACGACUGUUCAUGAAAUGACCAGCACCAACUUUGAUCUUGCUUCUGUAUCCAAAGAUCAGUUUGAACUUUUGUGCAAAGAUGGUACUCGCAAACCUGUUGAUGAGUAUGCAAGUUGCCACUGGGGCCAAAUUCCAUCCAAUGCUAUUAUUGUUUCAUCAGCAACCGAUCAAGACAAAAGGAAACUCUACCAGAAAUUCCUUGAAGAAGCCGUUAGAAUACUUGGAACGCGCGAAAACAAUACUAAUUCUUAUAACAAUGAAUUUUACAACAAUAAAUUUGAUAAUCGUCAAGGCAAAGAAAAUGACGAAAACAACCAUCAGGAUGAAUACAAUCAAUAUAAUAGAAAUUAUGACAAUCGCAAUAAUUACAAUGACAUGAGUACUUGGAAUUCCACUGGAUUUUUCGAUAGAGACAGAAGUAGGUACAACACACCAGAACCAAAUAUUCAAACAAUGGAAAAGUUUCACUUGUUUGAAUCCGCUCCUCGUUAUGGUCGUCAACAUAAUCUUUUAUUCUCGGAUUCAGCAAAGGACUUUGUUCGUAUUCAAGAGUCAGAUCAAACUUUUUCAGGAUAUUUGAAAGAAAGUUUGGACAUGAUAUACGCCGUAAGACGGUGUCCAGUAAAUAGAAUGACUUUGUGUGUAACUUCAGAACCAGAAUUAGAGAAAUGCGUUAAGAUGAAGAUCGCUAUGAAAGCUCAACUGCUGAAACCAGAAUUAUUGUGCCUGAAAGGUCACAGCCAAAUCCACUGUAUGCAGGCUAUACAAAACGGGCAAGCUGACGUGACAGUAUUAGACGCUAGUGAUGUAUACACUGCGGGUCUGCGCUACGAUCUUGUGCCUUUUGUUUCCGAGGUCUACAAUCUCGGAGCGCCCAGCUACUACGUGGUCGCAGUAGCCAAGGAAGAGGACGACAAUACGGACCUCACCUACCUGAAGAACAAGUACACUUGUCAUCCUGGAAUAAACACUGCCGCCGGUUGGGUAUAUCCACUGGCCUAUCUGCUCUCCAACAGUUGGAUUCGAGGCUACGGGUGCGAUUCGGUGCACGCCGCUGCAGAAUACUUUUCCAAAUCUUGUGUACCUGGCGCUCUGAGUCCUGAAUAUAACACAGGUGUGCCUUAUGACAACAUGUGCGAUCUCUGCCACGGUACCAAAGACCGUUACUGCCGUCGCGAUGCCUCCGAAGACUACUACGGCCACACCGGUGCUUUCCGCUGCCUCGUCGAAGGUGGCGGUGACGUAGCCUUCGUCAAACAUACGACAGUCGCCGAGAACACGGACGGCAAACGUCGCGAGUUCUGGGCUCGUAAUACUUUCACUAAAGAUUUCCAGCUUUUGUGUCCUGACGGUACGCGCAAAUCCACCCUCGAAUACAAGACGUGCAAUCUGGGUAUGGUAGCCGCCAACGCUGUAGUGACGAGAGGAGGAUAUUACGGUUACAACGAAACGCAGAUAAAUGCUUACACGAACCUUCUGAUCUACGCGCAACAAUUCUACGGUCGCAAGGAACAAGACGAGUUCACCUUCGGUAUGUUCUUCAGCCAGCCGCCGUUCAGCGAUCUAAUUUUCCAGGACGCGACUCAACAGUUGGCUGUUAUUCCGCCUGAGAAACGCGAGUUCAAGGCCUAUUUGGGGCCCGAUUUCAUGAGGGCCAGGCGAAUAGUCGACUGCACCGCUGGCGUCUCUGCUGUCGAGUAUUCGCUUAUCGGUACCAUCAGCAUGAUACUACUGACAAUUGUGCUGGGUAGUUAAUUCUAAUUUUUAUUUUAUUUUUCCGUGCACGAAAAUACGAAAUUUUGUACUGUUUCUACUUUUUACACGGGAGAGAUUUGGCUGACUUGAGAUUUUUGUUACAUCUUUCAUUUUAUCGAUGCUUUAACAGUGCAGAGACAUGUUUGACAUAGGAAAGUGUUCAUUGUAGUGCCUUUAACAAAAUUAAAAGCAAAUAUUUUACACAUUAAACUCGCGAAUGUUGCAAAGUUGAAAAAUUGAUCAUUAUGUAUACCGUAUUUAUUUGACGGUUUCAGACUAAAUUACUUUUAAAAAAGUUAAUUUUUUCUCUCCCUAGUUAAGUCGAGAAAAACUCAAUAUUGUACAUAUCUUUAAGGAAUAAGUAUAAUUUAGUACAAAACUCACUUUCAAAGUGUAGUUAAUAGUUAGUAAAAGAAUGAGUUAACUGAUAAUCCAUUCUUUGACAGAUCUGCUUGCAUAUCUCAAGUAUGCAUACAUUAAUACUUCCAUUGCUUUUUACUGAAUGAGUGAAUAAGUGAAUCUCAAGUCGCUUUCGACUACAUGUAACGUAAUCCGUCCACAAUCUAGAUUAAAAUUGUAUUCUAUACACUGAGAGACAUAUGUAUAAGUAUUUAAGUAUUUACUAUGUAUUUUAUACCGUCCGUUUCAUCUUUUUAUAUUGAAAUUGCGAUAUUUUAUAACUACACAAGCGUCCUUCUAUGCGUCAAUUGGACUUUUAUAAGAAAAAAAUGUUUAUUAUUGUAAUAAAAUAAAUGUUGAAAAAGUA